AGAAUCAAACAUUACUCAUCCAGAAGUCUUGACAUCGAAUGCAACUCUACAGCAUUCCUCCAAUUAUUUACGGCAUUGACAUGGAUCAAUCUAGCCAAGAGCAUUAUGAUCUAAAUAGCGGCGAUGAUGAUUCUUUCUACGAGGAACUUAAAAGGCAAAUACUGCUACUAACGGCAGAUGAUGAGAAAGCAAGAGAAGAUUAUGCUACUGUUGAUCAUAGACGCAAGAUCUUAAGCUCAAAUAAGCGCAACUCUUCGAAUAAAAUGGGAAGCUAUUUCGAUUGGACAAACAAUGAGAAGGCCAGCGCUAAUUCUGUUCCUGCUUGUAUUCAGAGUUUGUGGAGAAAUGGUAAUACUGGAACUGGAGUUUUCAUUCCUGAUAUUGUCAUGUCUCGGAGAAGAAAUAAGCCUAGAAGGAGAAAGAAUGACAGGGGAAGAGCUUUCGCACCCGAAAAUCGAAUGAUUAAUAUUUGAAAAUGUAUCAAUACAUCAUCGUGUUUAUAAUCACAGCAAGAAUUAUAUACAGCUAUUAUUGCUGGCGGAAGAGAGUAUUGUUUAUAACAAUAAUUCAUGUCGUUGCAUUUUAGGAUUCAGAUGUACAGAAAGAGUCUUUUUUUCAUUUUUUGCAGGUUACAAUGUAUAUUUGUUCAUGAAUAUGUGUUCUUUGUGUUCAGAUCACUCUGUUGAUUUAUUAAAACAGUAUUGCUAAAGUA